UGCUGCUCAGCUCGAGUGAAGCAUCUCUGGGGCAUCGUGUUGGAGAGGAGCAGCCCCGCGCUCGGCUCUGGCACCGCCGCAAAGGAACCCAUGAGCUGUCGCAGCUUUGCCUUGGAAAAUCCACAAGCUCCUUCAGUGUUUUCGGCUUUUCUACAAUAAGUUGCUCAUGAAGAAAUUUUAGAUCCUCCUGGGGAAGAAAAUAAAAAAAAAAAACUCUGAACAAAUCAUUUCCAAGAGGAAGUCCAGUGUCCAGACAAACCCGGCCCUAACGAUGCUUCGUUUCCUGCUGCUGGCAAUGCAAGGAGCUCUGGAGCAGUGAGGAGGUCGAGGCUUGAAAGAAGACAAAAGGCAUCAGAUUUGACUUCACCACCACAAGAGUUAUAUUUGCUUCUCCUCUGAAAUUUGGCUCAAAUCACUCUUUUCUCUGGAUUGACAUGAUCUUGUUACAAGAAAAUCCUUACCAGCUGGCUCCGCUGAAGAUGAGCACCGUGUUUCUCCUGCUCUUGGUGUCCGCUGCGAACGUCGGCGCGGAAAAGGGUCUGCCGAGACGGGAACCGCGACGUCUCUCGUGCGUGCGAUGCUGCGGGCCUUCAGAGCAGCCCAUCUCCAUCAUCUCCUCACGAUACACAAGGAUGAGCAGCGACCCUGCCUAUUCGGUACCCAAAGUCCAGCCCACCAUAGAUAUCACCAUCCUCAAAGGGGAGAAGGGUGAAAUGGGAGAGAAAGGGUAUCCUGGAGCAGUUGGGAAGGAAGGAGAAAGAGGGCUACGUGGCUUUAAUGGACGGAAGGGACAGAAAGGGCAGCCUGGCCCACAAGGCCAUUCCUGCAAGCAGCUCUAUGCAGCUUUCUCAGUGGGUCGGAGAAAACCCCUUCAUAGCUCAGACUACUUCCAGCACGUCACUUUUGACACUGAGUUCGUGAACCUCUACAAGCACUUCAACAUGUUCUCGGGGAAGUUCUUCUGCUAUGUGGCAGGAGUCUACUACUUCAGCCUCAACGUCCACACCUGGAACUUCAAGGAGACCUACCUGCACUUGAUGAAGAAUGAGAAAGAGGUGGCCAUCCUCUACGCCCAGCCCAGUGAUCGGAGCAUCAUGCAGAGCCAGAGCCUGAUGCUGGACCUGCAGGAAGGAGAGGAGGUCUGGGUGAGGAUGUUCAAGCGGGAGCGAGAAAAUGCCAUCUAUAGCGAGGAGUCUGAUGUUUACAUCAUCUUCAAUGGCCAUUUAAUCAAGCCAGCCGUAGAGUAGCCAUUCUUCAGCUUUAGGCUCAAAGCUUUGGCAGAUACAUUAGUGUCUUCCCUCUUAGAAACGCGUAUGUCUAGUUCCACUUGGAAGGAUUACAGGCUUCCUGGCCUGCUGACAGGGUUGUCUGUCCAUGCCAAGGACACCUAUAUGGAUGGAGGUGACUUUCAAGGUGAUGCAAGCUACACAAGUACUGAGAAGGCUUCAGCCCUUAUAUGCCCUGGAGAAGACAGAUGGGGAAGGCCACAGUUCUGCAGCUCUGUAUAGACCCCCAGUAACAUCCCUAAAGUGUUUGCCAAGUUGGUAGCAAAAAUUUAACUUCUUUGCUCUGCAUUAGAGAAGACAUUUUAAUUGUAUCCAAGGAUCAUCUUCAGGUGCCAGUUAUCCAGGUGCUAGUUAAGGAAUGUCAUUACUCCUGCAACGAUACGUGGGUAUCUUUGCAGUGUGCAGUAUUGCUAAUAAGAGCCAACACUCACCAGCACCUACACCAGGUCUGCUCCUCUCAGGUAGGCAAGAACACACCAGUGUUAAGAACAAUAUUUUGCACAGUAUAUUUACCCCAAAUUAUGUUUGUGUUCCAUUUCAUGUAAUACUAUAUUCUGAGAGCAUAAUGCUAGAAUUGGAUAAAUAACAGCAUAUUGAUCUAGCAAAGCUUUUUCAGAGGUACAUAGAUUUAAGUACAUCUUAAGUACAGUAGCCACAUGCUAUAACUUUGCUAGACUUCUGUACUGCUAGCAAUAUUUCUCACACUCCAAUAUGGCUGGGAAAGUGUGUAUUUCCCAUUUUAAGGAAAAUGGUGGGCCCGCCUUAGGUUCCAAUUUCAGAGUCCUCAUUACCAAGGUGGAAAUUGAGGCCAUGCUCAUGUCUGAAAAUUACCAUCUUAUAGCACCCCCAUUUCUGGAAAGCGGAGAAGAAAACUGGAAAGAAAAAUGGUGCUUUAUAGCAAGCAGUGACAUUUUAGGAGAUCUGGUUUCUUUUUUCCUAAAAAAUUAUUGAUGUAACAGUGGAAAGGUACAUGCAACAGCAAGAAACAUCAUUUUUCCAAGUUCCUCCUUGCCCAUUCCCCCAGUCUUUUGUUUGCAUCCCAAGCCAUUUGUAUGAAGAAUAUGUGAAAAGUUCUUGCUAGGCAAACUGCUUCACUGCUGUACCUCGCCUAUCCACAGCUGUUUGGAAAAGUAGCCGAAAUAAAGAU